AUGGCGGUCGUUGGAAAAGGGUCUGACUUGGUGCUUGGAGUCGAGCUGGGUUCGCAGAUGAGUGUUGUCGCUACAGGCACUCGCGACGAUGCAGCUAGAGCAGUGAAUGAGGGAGGCUUGGGCAAGUUGAUUGCUCGCCGUUUUGUACCAACAUCGAUUGCGUAUGCGGGCAAAGUCCGCUUAUUUGGUGAGGAAGCGGAAGCGAGGGUCAAUGAGGAACCGCGGGAUACCAUUAUGGAGUUGCCGUUGUGGAUAUCCGUACACACAGUGGACCAAGUUAAAGCACUGGAAGCUCGUCUAUCUUCUUGCCCAGCUGUCGAAGUUGGUGUACUCAGUAAUGGAGAGCUGCUGUUUCACGUCGACUUCGACAACCAGAAGCUCAAAAUCCCCGUGCCAGUAGCUGUUGGAGCGUUCGUAGGUCGACUGUACACUACAGGAAUGCAUCAAGGUGGUGGUUGCGCCAAGGAACAAAAUUUGUCCGGAUACGACUUCUUGCGCCAUAUGCAACACCAUCCGCGUGUACCCCACACUGGAGUGCUAGUCGUGCCAUCUUCGGUUACAGAGAAAGACUUGGGGAUCCUGACUGCAGCUCAGGGCGUGGCGAACGUGCCGUCGCAAAUGCUGUCAAGAAUGUCAGCGCUAAUCAACUGGUGGUGUUGCGAGAAACUCCCAGCAGAAUACAACUCUCUCAUGCAGCUACAGCGUGCAACGGGAGCAUCUGUGAAGGAAAAGGGAGUGGUCCACGUUGCAUUGUUGGAUGUUGGCUUCUCCGAAAUCUCAAUGGCAGUGAUGGAGCUCAGAAAGACAAGCAGCGAACAAGACACUUCCGUUGUGAGGCAGCCCCAGAAACAGGUCUCGGUGAAAGUUCUCUGGAGCGCAGCAGCUGGAGACAUAGGCAUCUUGGACGCUGUCAACGUUCUCGCCAAACACGUGAGGCAUCACAUCAAGGAGAAGUUCCACGAAGACGUCCGGACCAAAACGGCCCGUUAUUGGCGAAUAUGUCAAGCGGCCAAGUUGAAGACCUUCAUGGAGGAGACUCUAAGCAAAGCAGGGGUAACCGGAGCGAACGUUGCCGCUGCCGAUGUACUCAAUUCCUUAGCUAGAACUGCCUGGAUCCAUUCGACAAUCGCCGAUGCAGUGCAUUGUGACAGCAGAAGCGGUAAACCAGGGAAGAUUCGCUGGGUGGAGGACGGAGGAGCUGGAGCUGUCUUGGGAGCGGUGUAUUGGGCAGCUGACAAGAAAUAUGUGGACAACUUGGUCGACAGGAACCCUCCGUAUCCGGAAGAUCAGCUUCUCAGGAUGACUGCAUUGGAGACUGACAUCCGGAAGAUCGAGCGGGGCGAACUGGAAAGGCGAUUCCUUCUUGCCCAUCUCGAGUCGUAUGCUUUUGAGAUGCACCGAGCAGCAACGACAAAAGAUAACUUAGUGCGUAAUGCAGAGCAGUUGACGAAAGUAAUAAAAGAGACCGAGACAUCAGCGGGUGCAUUGCAGGAGGCACCACUGGAGAAGGUGAAGCAGGCAUACGAGACUUUCCGUUCGUACUUAAUGAAUUCCGAACCGAGACUUUUUGAAGCGGUUGAGGACGAAAGAGCCACAAGACUGGGUCAAGCGAAAGGAAUUGAUCCCAGAAAAGCAAUGGAUAUCGUGGUUCGCCAGCUUGGCCAGGAGAGCAACUCAAAGCUACCCAAUACGAUAUUGCUGAAGCGAGCGAAGAGAGACACCGAAGAAGCCUCUGAGUUACUCGCUGGUGGCCAAACGGAUCUGGCGGUGUAUCUGGCUAAUCAGAGCCUGGGAUACCUGUCCAAUAUGGACACAGCAACUGCGCGCGACACAGACAGAAGGGCAGUAACCGAGCUCCAGCUUCAGAACUAUCUUCAGCUGUCCAAGGCCCAGACAAAAGAAGCCGUUGAGGAUCGAGCAAUCGACUAUCGUUCUCGUCUGCUGACACAGGCACUCGACAACUGUAACAGAGCUCUAGCUAUCGACUCAAAGAAUGCCGACGCUCUAUUCCAACGGAGCAUCACGUACAUGACGUUGAAUGACUUCAGUAGGGCAAAGGCGGAUGUCGAAGCAGGUCUAGCGAUCGUACCGGGUAGUGAGGCAGGCAGAGCGGUAAGGAAGGCAUUAAAAUAG